AUGGCUUCUCACUCUAAUAGUAUGCGAGAAUGCGUGAGGCUGGGAAGCUUCUUGCGUUAAGAUAGAAGCAAUGGCUUUGUCUCCAUCUGAAGUAAAGUCUGGCUAUCAUCAAAAUCACUAGUGGUUACAAAUAUAGCCCAAUAUUACAAGUGAAUAAGGGACCUAAAUAUAGACGACCGGGUAGUUUUUUCCUUGUAGUAACCUUAAUAACCUCCUUCCCUUCACGAAGAUGAAUAUAGCGAUUGCUACGUACAGUGCUAUAAAAGCCGGGAACUAUCGCAUGUUUCCUCUACUCGUAUCUUAAGAUUGUUAAUUUUUGUUUAUGAAACCUGAAGCCGCCUCAAGCGUUUAGUGAGUUUUUCUUUUUUCUAUUGGAAUCGAGUGUCAAUUCUAAGGACUUAUGGGAACCGGGAUGCGGUGAUCGCAGAAGUGCAGCAGCGUUUGAUUAAGGGCCAUUCUUUGACACUCGUUGAGGAUUAUACGUACUUUGGUCUUCCUCGUCGGUUCAUUUCAUCAUUGUCUUUGUCACUCAUCCAAUGUUGUCACUCAUUGAGGCUAUGCUAAUGAUGUUAAUGUCCUUAAACUCUUUUUUGUUGAAGUUGUACAUCACAAUGAAGCCACAACCUCUAGUAUAGGUACAAUCAUCAUCAUCAUCACUAGAGCUGCUGUCUGAUUAAAAGUCUGGCUCUCUCCUGCCUCCGCUGCAUUCUACUACGUACUUUAGGUGAGCUCUUCACUCUUUGUGAGGCAACCAUGUCUGUGGCCUCUUUAUCAGGCAGAAGAACCUAACGCAUUGAUAAUGAUAAACUUGCCUUCUAAGGGUAAGAAUAGAGCCGAACCACGUCCAAGAGAGAAGCGGGGGUUGGACAGCGUCCUAUUGGUCGGAGACGUGAUUCAAAAGUUGAUGCUUCCUGAUAUUACGGACAACGAAACACGUAAUGAUCAUGAUUAUCUCAAGUAAGUAGCCAACCAUGUCUGCUACACACGUAAAAAGAAGCAUCUCGAGUAGCCAACCAUG